CACUCAACCAUUCAACUCCGACACGGGCAGCCGUGCACCGUCAGGUUUCUCCAGAGCUCUGCUGCACAGACAGCGACCCGAAGCUCAUCCACCUGCAGGAGGAGCUCACCGAGAAGACCAGCGGUGCUUCGUUCAGCCCUCUCCAACUUUUAUCCAUGACCGUUCCGUUCAGAUAAGGAUUAUUUUGGACUGGCUCCCGCUUUCCGCAUCGAUUUGACAAACAAGCCAGUGCGGCGACUGUGAUCUUGGCAGCAGAGCAGAACAGGACCGAGGUGUGAGUCUGCCGUCACUCAGGAUGUCCUCGCUCAUGCUUGUGACAGGGGUGCUGCUGCUCUCCGGCUGUUUGUCAGGGGGCUGCUCGCCCACGCCGGCCGAGAGUGGCUCUCAAGGUGCAGGGCGGCCGGAUGAUCCCGUAACCCCCUGCCCGUCAUGCGCUCUAGCCCAGAAGCAGAAGGACUCAGAGGAGCAGACCGACAUGGUGGAGGCGGUCAAGAGGCACAUCCUCAACAUGCUGCAUCUGAACACUCGGCCCAAUGUCACACACCCGGUGCCCCGCGCCGCCCUGCUCAACGCCCUCCGCAAGUUGCAUGUGGGACGGGUGGGUGAGGACGGCACAGUGGAGAUGGAGGAAGACGGAGGGGGGCUGGGGGAACACCGAGAGCAACCUGAGGAGCAGCCCUUUGAGAUCAUCACCUUUGCUGAGCCAGGAGAUGCCCCUGAUGUCAUGAAAUUUGACAUUUCUAAGGAGGGCAGCACUCUGUCUGUGGUGGAGCAGGCCAACGUGUGGCUGUUCCUUAAAGUUGCCAAGGGCAGCCGAGGGAAAGGGAAGGUGUCUGUUCAGCUCCUGCAGCAUGGCAAAGCUGACCCAGGCUCUGCGGACGGACCCCAAGAAGCGGUGGUGUCCGAGAAGACUGUGGACACACGGCGCAGCGGCUGGCACACACUACCGGUGCCCCGCACGGUGCAGACCCUGCUGGACGGGGACAGCAGCUUGCUCAGUCUCCAUGUCUCCUGUCCAAUGUGUGCCGAAGCCGGCGCUGUGCCCAUCCUGGUGCCUGCAGAAGGCAACAAGGGCAAAGAGAGAGAACAAUCUCACCGACCCUUCCUCAUGGUCGUGCUCAAGCCAGCCGAGGAGCACCAGCACCGGCGCAGCAAGCGUGGCCUAGAGUGUGACGGCAAAAUCCGCGUCUGCUGUAAACGGCAGUUCUACGUCAACUUCAAGGACAUCGGGUGGAGCGACUGGAUCAUCGCUCCGUCUGGAUACCACGCUAACUACUGCGAGGGCGACUGUCCCAGCCAUGUGGCCAGCAUCACUGGCUCUGCCCUCUCCUUCCAUUCCACCGUCAUCAAUCACUAUCGGAUGCGCGGGUACAGCCCCUUUAACAACAUCAAGUCGUGCUGCGUACCCACGCGCCUACGGGCCAUGUCCAUGCUCUACUACAACGAGGAGCAGAAGAUCAUUAAGAAAGACAUCCAGAACAUGAUAGUGGAGGAGUGUGGCUGCUCAUAAGACGCCAUGAACUCCUAACAAACACUUCAAUGUUGGUACAAAGCACAUAUCAGAGGACUGGCAGUCUGUGUUCACCCACAAACUUUUGAACUGCAAACUCGGGCAGCCUAUUUGUUUUUCGAUCAUUCCAGUAGGACUGAUUAUUGGAGCGGUCUUUGUGGCACUUUCAUAUAAAAAUGAUGGAGGAGAAUAAAGCAUAAUAUAUUUUUUUUAAUGAAGGGAGACUGAGAGGGAACGGGUGCAUGGGUCAAAGUGUCAGCCCUCAUUCUCUGCACUGCAAUAAAGAGACUUAUUUUGAAGUGUGGAAUUAUAUAUUCUGAGAAGAAGAAAAAAACAUGCAACUCUAUGCAAGUCAAGUAUUAUUACUGGAUGUUCUUUUUUUAUUAUUAUUAUUUGUCUUUUAGCUUUUGUUUAAUGUUGUUU